AUGACUGACGUGGAUUUAAAAAAAUUGAUCCGAACUUUUCCCGACUUUCCCGAACCAGGCAUUGAAUUUCGCGACAUUUCGCCACUUUUAGCCGACGGCAAGGCGCUUCACUACACGGUUCAAAAGUUGGCCGAGUUUUGUCAAGAAGCUGAUCUAAUUGUUGGUCCGGACGCCCGCGGUUUCAUUUUUGCGACGCCGGUAGCUUCAAUUUUAAAAAAACCGUUCGUGAUGGUUCGUAAGGCCGGUAAACUGCCGGGACCAGUUUUUAGAAAAACUUACCAGCUUGAGUACAACAAAACAACGCUGGAAAUCCAACGCGACGCGAUUAAGGCCGGCCAAAAGGUGGUCAUUAUUGAUGACCUACUAGCUACGGGCGGAACAACCCGGGCGAUCGUUGAUUUAGUUGAGAAACACGGCGGGAAAGUAAUUGGCGUUGUUUUUGUGGUGGAACUUAUUCAUUUAAAAGGUCGUCAAAAGUACCACGGAAUUAGCACCCAUUCGUUGAUCAAGUAUUAA